AUGUCUACCAGGCAGCCACUAAUACCUCCAAUUAAUUUAAUAUUUAAUUAUUUAGAGAAACAAUCCACUAUUAAAGUAUGGCUAUAUGAAAAUACUCAUUCCAGAAUCCAAGGAAAAAUAUCAGGUUUUGAUGAAUUUAUGAAUUUAGUUAUUGAUAAUGCUAUUGAGAUACCAAUAGAUAAUGUGACAGGGGUUGAACAAAUUGAAAAUGGUAAAAAGCUGGGUCAAAUUCUAUUGAAGGGCGAUAACAUCACUCUAAUAACAUCGGUUGAUUAA